AUGGAUAUUGACAGACAUCAAUUGGUGUUCGAAUCUCGCCUUAUUACCAAUCGACUUGUGACAGCAGAACUCAUUCCCAAGCUCGAGACUUUACAUGGGCUAUUAAAGGCAUUCGAUCAAGAUCUGGUGGACAAGAACUCUCUCAAUGAGGUUGCCAGAGACCUGGUUCAUCCAAAGAUUAUGCGCCAUUCGUCCGAAUCCGUGAGGGCCCUGGCAGUGUGUUGCUUAGCUGAUAUCCUGCGUUUAUAUGCACCUGAUGCACCCUAUGACGAGACUGAACUCAAGAGCAUCUUUCAAUUAUUCAUAUCCGAGAUCAGGCAUCUUGACAAGCAUCAAGAAGAUCCCAACUUUCAACGCUACUUUUAUCUUCUCGAAUCACUUUCCACUGUCAAGAGUAUUAUCAUUAUUGGCGAUCUCGACAAUGCUGAAGAGUUGACCACACAAUUUAUCAAGACCUUUUAUGAAUUGGGCGAUGCCAAUGUUACCCGGAAUAUCUUGGUGUGCAUGACAGAAUUGAUGGUGAUGCUUGUGGACGAAAGCGAAUCCUUAUCCGAAGAUGUGAUUGAAAUGACAUUGGAGCAGAUUCAAAAGCAAAUGGAUUCACCCGACUCACAUAAUACCAUGGCUGUGGAUUUGGCACGUGCGUGUACAGAUGUCAUGCAACGUCAUGUUUGUCAGUAUUUCUCAGAUGCAUUGAUGGCCAUGAGCAAAAGUGAUGGAUCAACUGAGGAUAUCGAGGAAUUGCAAAAAGUGCAUCGACUUAUUCAAAAAGUACAUUCCGUCGUCCCUGAUCUCUUGUUGAACGUGGUGCCACAAUUGGAGGAAGAAAUGAAGGUGGACGAUUUCACGGUCCGUGUAUUGGCAACAGAGACCAUCGGUGGUAUGCUAUGUGAAAAACGAUCCAAUUUACAUCAACGUUAUCCAAGUGUAUGGAAGACAUGGUUGGGAAGACGCAAUGACAAGGCGGUACAUUUGCGUAUCAAGUGGAUCGAGAGCGCUGCCAACAUUUUCGAGUCGCAUUACUUUGCAAUCGCCACCUUGAAUGAGUACCUUAAGGAUAGACUAUUGGAUCCAGAAGAAAAGGUGCGAGCAGUCGCUUGUCGAGUGAUUGGAGAGAUGAGCCUGGACCACAUUAUCGAUCAUGUUGAUAUCAAGUUGCUUCAAGAAAUUGCAGCGAGAUGCAAGGAUAAAAAGUCAACUGUACGCAAAGUAGCCAUGUCUACCCUUGGUUCGCUUUACCACGCUGCCUAUCCCAGAAUUCAAGAAAAUGAUGAAAGUGCUGUUUCCAAGCUUGGAUGGAUUCCCGAAAGUAUCCUUUACUGCGUUUAUGUGGAUGAUGUAUCUGUCACUGCACUAGUGGAAAAGACGUUGCAUGAGUAUAUUUUCCCUCCUAUGGACGAUGAUUUGGAGCGAACAAAGCGCCUCGUCUCUAUUCUGGAGAUGGUCAAUGAACGAUCAAAGUUUGGAUUCAUCAGCAUCAUCCGCAAGCAGAAAAGUCUUAUGGCAGCACUCCGUAAAUUCAUUGAUGCAUGCAAGCAAUCGAAUGGGGAUAUGGAAGUGGAUGAUGCUCAAGUGGAUCGUAGUCAAAUUGAGACCCUUGCCACACGCAUUGCAGCAACGUUCCCGGAAAGCUCAAAGGUGUCAAGCGCAAUGCAAAGUCUUUCGGAUAUCCUUGUUGAUGAUGAAGACAUUCGAGAACUCUUUGAAUCAUGCAUCGAUCCAAACAAUGACUAUGUUGAUAUCCGCAAGAGCCAGCGUGAGCUUGCAACCAGCCUCAAAGACGAGAGUUCGAGCAUCCAUGAAAUAUUACAACCUGUCCUUCGACGCGCUUGUCCUACUCUUGUCAACAAAGGCCUCAUUCCUCAUCUAUUCUCCAUUGUAUCGAGUCAACGACCUUCUCGAAGAUCAUCAUCCGCUACCCAGAGCAAACAUGUUGUGAUGGCACAAGAACUUCUUACAGAAAUUUCACAAACCUUCCCAGCAAUGUAUGAUUCUUUCUUGUACAACUUGGUGAGCACCUUGACCCAUUCCAAGAAUGAAAAUAUCACUCGAGGAGCCCUUGAAUUGCUGUCACAAGUGGUUGUCAAUGGUGUCAAGAUCGAUCUCGAUGACCAAAAAUUGCUCGAUCAACUUACCUCCCUUGCACAAGGUCAGGAUAUUGAACAGGCGCGGGAUGCAUGUAUCGUGCUCUCCCAUAUGGAUGCUGUGGACGUUUGUGCCGAUGUUAUACAGGUGAAUGCCAACAAUCUAUCUACGUCAUUCCUUGAAAUUGCUGCCUCGUUGGCAUCCCUGAGCCAAUUUGCGUUAUACAUGCCUGUUCACAUGGCUGGUUGCAUCGACGAUGUCGCUGAAUUCAUUUUCGAGAAAUUGAUGCCAUAUGAAACCAAAAAGAGCAAGCGAUCCAACCCAGAAUGGUUAUCCUAUGACGAUCUUGAUGAUUCCUCAAAAGCAAAGAUGGCUGGAUUGGAGCUACUGAUCAACUAUUUGGCGGGCACCACAUUGGAUAUUGAACCCAAGGAUGAAUUGGUCAAGGAGAUCUUUGAGAUGUUGUUUGAUUAUAUCAACAGCUCAGCUGAUACGGCAUUUGCUGAUGAAACCAGUGCGGCCGAGUUGGCACAUCUUCGAUUAGCUGCUGUCAAAGGUGCUCUCAAGCUGACUCAUAUGUCCCAAUUUGAAAGCCAAUUAUCCGUGGAGCGCUUUGAACAAAUGUGCUUGGUCUUGCAGGAUUCAUGUUAUCAAGUCCGUGAAAAGUAUGCAAACACACUUAUCCGAGGCUUGACACUCAAAGAGGUGCAUCAUCGAUACCUUUCAUCCCUGUUCUUGAUGGCGCACGAGGUAGAAAACCUGUUGUUCAAGCAGGUUAGAUACUUUAUUGAAAAAUGGGCUGCCAAACACAAGUCAGAAACAACGGUCAUGGAAACAUCCUUUAUGCAACUGAUCCAUAUCCUCGCCCACCAUCCCGACUUUUCCAUAGCCAACAAUGACCUUGCUCUCUUUAUGCGAUAUCUUCAAUUCUUUAUCUCAUGCGUGGCAUCACCUGAUAAUGUCGCCUACCUGUAUCAUGUUACACAAAAGAUCAAACUAUCAAAAGACGUGCGUUCGAUCGAACAAAGCGAGAAUUCCUAUUGUCUCAGUGACCUUGCAGCGUUGUUGAUCAAUCGUAAAUGUAAGGAUUCAUCAUGGCCACUCAAUGUAUCCCAGGAGCCUGUGCGUUUGCAAUCCAAAUUGUACAAGUCAUUACCAUCAGGCGCAGUACAGACCGAGACGAUGAAAAAGAACUACCUGCCGGAAUCAUUUAUUGCAUAUGUAGAACAGCAUCACGACAAGGGCGGUGACAAGCGAGCGGGUCAAUCUACUGCUGGAGAGCAUGGUGCUUCUGCUGCCAAACGAACCCGUACAUCUUAA